UACUAGGGUCGAAUUGAGAAAACAUUGUUCUCAGGGACUAAAGAACAAUAACAUAAACCUAGAAAAACCCUUUCCUUUUACGACGUGUUCAUCAUCACUGAACUACUACAUGGUUCUCUCUUGAUUUAAAAUCAAAAUCGAAGCAAAAAAAUUAGGAGCUGCAUCGUGUGAAGAAACACUUCACUUUCUGGAACAGAACAUCGCAAUUUCGUCUUAGUUCGUUUCGGUGAUUCAAGAAAUCUAAUUAUCAUGUUGCCCAAGAGACUAAGCUCCUUCCUUAAACUCUCCCCUAAACCUCACAAUUCUAGUGCCGUGAAGAAUGUGGAUAAAGUACCGAGUACAAAUUUUGGUCGUAAGGCAGUUUCGUUUGUUCUGAUUACUGUUACAGGUGGUGUUGCACUCAGUGCUCUCAACGACCUUGCUAUCUAUCAUGGCUGUAGCAGCAAGGCCAUGGAGAAUGCAAGCAAGAACCAAGCAAUAAUAGAUGCUAUUGGAGAACCAAUUGUUAAAGGUCCAUGGUACAAUGCAUCUCUUGCAGUAGCUCACAAGAGGCAAUCUGUGUCUUGCUCAUUUCCUGUUUCUGGACCCCUAGGCUCAGGUGUCUUACAGCUGAAGGCAGUCCGCAAUGGAGAUGACACUUGGUCGUCCUUUUUUCUUCCUCGUGAUUGGAACAUUUUAAUCAUGGACGCUCUCCUCCAUGUACCUGGGAAUGAGGAGAAGAAUCGGACAUUGCGGAUUAACCUCUCUCACAAGCUGUCUCCUUCUACUGCUUGCACCGAGUGCAUAGCUUGUCCGUCCGAAAGACCAGAGGCAAAGUUGAGUUCCAAUCAAUAAUAGUAAGCUUAAGUGGCGAUCUUUAUUUCAACUAUAAACAAAUGUUACUGGUUUUUAACCUUUUACAUGAGGCAGAACAAUAGUAUUAUCAUAGUAAAACUUAAGUGGUGAUCUUUCUUUCAACUAAAAACAAUUUUUAGUUGAAAAACAAUUUUUAACCAAGUUGCUUGGGCUCUAGUGGCAAGGAGCUCCUUUCAAGGAGGUACCCGGGGAAUACCGGUUCGAAUCCCAAAGGGAACAACGCUUGGCCAGUGCGCGUGCCUCUACGCAUGAGCCGGAUUAGUCGUCUACCUUUGAUGGGCCGGAAACCGGUGCAAAAGCCAAAAAAAAAAAACAAAUUUUUCUGGUUUUUGACCUCUUACAUGAUAUUAUUCGUUUUCGAUGGAAUAAAUUUCAAAAGUUUCUUAUGGUGUAAUAUGUUAAUAUUAUUCAUCGUUGAAUUUUCUUUAUUCCAAAUAAAUAUUGGCUUAUGGGUUGUAUUUUUUUACUUAUUCUGCAGUGUCUUUUGUUUUUAA